AUGAAAAAGGAAAAGCAGGUCAGUGAAGAAAAUGAACCCCCCACUUACCAGGAGGCCACAGCAGGAUAUGAGGAGAUGCAGGCUCAGUUCACCUUUGAUGACAAGACCAUCAGGCGGACCUUCAUCAGGAAGGUUUACGCCAUUCUCAUGGUUCAGCUUUUUGUGUCUGUGGCUAUCGUUAGUCUCUUCACAUUUUGCGGCCCUGUGAGGUAUUACAUUCAGACUCAUCCUGGCUUGUACAUGGCAUCUUAUAUGAUGUUCUUGUUCACCUACAUUGCACUCUCCUGCUGUGGAAAUCUGAGGCGGCAGUUUCCCUGGAACAUCAUCCUGCUAGUUAUCUUCACUUUGAGCAUUUCUUUCAUGAUGGGUUUUGUGUCAAGCUUUUACAACACCAAAUCAGUGAUGCUGUGUCUGGGAAUCACGGCCCUGGUGUGUCUCUCUGUCACCAUCUUUAGCUUCCAGACCAAGAUUGACGUCACCUCGUGUCAGGGCGUCCUGUUUUCUUUGUGCAUGGUCAUGCUUCUCUGCGCCAUCGCCAUCUCCAUUAUGGUCCCCUUCGGAUAUGUUCCCUGGCUACACGCUCUUUAUGCUGUGAUAGGAGCCAUCCUCUUCACUCUGUUCCUGGCGUUUGACACUCAGAUGCUGUUGGGGAACAAGCGUUAUUCCAUCAGUCCAGAGGAAUAUGUCUUCGCCACCCUCAGCCUCUACCUGGACAUCAUCUACCUCUUCAGCUUCCUGCUGCAGAUCUUCGGAAACGGCCGCUAG